GUCCAUUAAGAUGGAAAAUGGACAAAGCACGGCAGCUAAGCUGGGGCUUCCUCCCCUCACACCAGAACAGCAGGAAGCUCUCCAGAAACUGGUGGGGAGGUUACUGCUGACUUCUUGCCCACUUUCCUGAUGGGAGUGAGUGAUGCCUGGCUUACUGAGAGGAGAGCAGAGUUGGGAAAAGAGGGGAAAGAAAACAAAACCAGGGAAUGUGGGAACUGUGGGCUAGGUGUCUUCUGUACUCUGGUGAGGCAAGUAAAGUUACUGUUCUAGGUAGGCUUCGUGUGAAUGUUCCCAUAAUGUUGAAGCUGCUUCUGUGUGUGUUGUUUGGCUCACAGUGUGAAACGGCCUCGUUUCCUCUGGCUUUUCCGUAGCUGACAGAUGUAAAUCCCCUUGUCCGUUUCCAGGUUUCCGAAGCACACGUCUCAAAUCCACGGUUUAGAGCCUACCGUUCCCUGGCACCUCCCAAACACGUACAGCCAUGGAAAGCAGGUGCCUGAGGGGUUGGCUGAAUGUGUUUGUACCGUCCCCUGUAUAGGCACAUAUGUGGGUAUUAGGUUUCCCUUGACAAAGAGCCUCCAUGUCAACACCACUGGGUGUAAAGCUCAGGCUUUGUCAAAUUUGUAGAAAAAUGAAAGAAAAAGACAAAUCAGUCUUGUGUCUGCAGGCUAGGAACCAGAGAAGGAGUGCUGGAGCAUUUUAGUGAGCAAGAGCAGUGGGUCCUCCAAACUAGAAUAGGCCAGAUGUGAUAAGAAAAGAGAGGAGGAGUGUCCAGUCAAGAGACUGGACAUGGGGAUUUGGAGGCCCUUCCCUUUUGUAGAAACUCUUUGUCCAGAUGUUCUCUGAGUGGAAAGGACUUGAAGGAGGCUAUCUGUCCUGCCCUCAUCCCAGCAGGCAAAGAAGUAUGCGAUGGAGCAGAGUAUCAAGAGUGUGCUGGUGAAGCAAACCAUCGCCCACCAGCAACAGCAGCUCACCAACCUUCAGAUGGCAGCAGUGACAAUGGGCUUUGGAGAUCCUCUCUCACCUUUACAAUCGAUGGCAGCUCAGAGGCAGCGCGCCCUGGCCAUCAUGUGUCGUGUGUAUGUGGGCUCCAUAUACUAUGAACUGGGAGAAGAUACCAUUCGCCAGGCCUUUGCCCCAUUUGGACCUAUAAAAAGCAUUGAUAUGUCCUGGGACUCUGUUACAAUGAAACACAAGGGUUUUGCUUUUGUGGAAUAUGAGGUACCUGAAGCUGCUCAGCUGGCCUUGGAGCAGAUGAAUUCUGUCAUGCUCGGGGGAAGAAAUAUAAAGGUUGGGAGACCUAGUAAUAUAGGUCAGGCGCAACCAAUUAUAGACCAGCUAGCAGAAGAGGCACGGGCUUUCAACCGCAUCUAUGUGGCAUCUGUUCAUCAGGACCUUUCAGAUGAUGACAUCAAGAGUGUGUUUGAGGCCUUUGGGAAGAUCAAAUCCUGCACACUAGCCAGGGAUCCCACGACAGGAAAACACAAAGGCUAUGGUUUCAUUGAAUAUGAGAAAGCACAGUCCUCUCAAGAUGCUGUUUCCUCUAUGAACCUCUUUGAUCUUGGGGGUCAGUAUCUCCGAGUUGGUAAAGCUGUGACUCCUCCAAUGCCUCUCCUAACACCUGCUACGCCAGGAGGACUACCUCCAGCAGCAGCUGUCGCUGCAGCAGCUGCUACAGCAAAGAUCACAGCACAGGAAGCUGUGGCAGGAGCUGCGGUUCUUGGCACGUUGGCAACCCCUGGGUUGGUAUCUCCAGCGCUGACUCUGGCCCAGCCGUUAGGGGCGUUGCCACAGGCUGUAAUGGCAGCACAAGCACCAGGAGUCAUUACAGGUGUAACCCCUGCCCGACCUCCCAUUCCUGUCACUAUUCCGCAAGUGGGAGUUGUGAAUCCUAUCCUGGCUAGUCCCCCAGCAUUGGGCCUGAUGGAGGUGAAAAAGGAGAAGGAAGAAGAGGAGGUAUUCCAGGAGUCAGAGAGGCCAGAGAUGCUGAGUGAACAGGAACACAUGAGCAUAUCUGGCAGCAGCGCCCGUCAUAUGGUGAUGCAGAAAUUGCUUCGUAAACAGGAGUCUACUGUGAUGGUGCUUCGCAACAUGGUGGAUCCAAAGGACAUUGAUGACGACCUAGAGGGAGAAGUGACAGAAGAAUGUGGCAAAUUUGGGGCUGUAAACAGGGUCAUCAUCUACCAGGAGAAGCAAGGAGAAGAGGAGGAUGCUGAGAUCAUUGUCAAGAUCUUUGUGGAGUUCUCCAUGGCCUCAGAGACUCACAAAGCCAUUCAGGCUCUGAAUGGGCGCUGGUUUGCAGGAAGAAAGGUGGUAGCAGAGGUGUAUGACCAGGAGAGAUUUGAUAACAGUGACCUGUCAGCAUGAACUCUACUUGAAAGACUUCGCCCCUGCCCCCUCUGCCUGUCUGGGUUUUUUUAGCCAUGUGUAAAGAACGCUCCAGGGUGGGCACAGAUCUCUGUGAUGUACUUGUAGUUUGGAUAAAAGCGCAAAGAAAG